AAUAUGAACAUACGGUGUCGUUGUUCUGGCCGUAGAUUCCUCUUUGGAAUCCAUUUGCUCUCAGAAGUGAAGAAGGAUGUAAUACGAGAACUUGGUUUUGGUGGGCUAUUGCAAUUAGGUUGUAAGGAGGUUAAUUUAGAUUUAUGUUUUUGGUUGAUAAAAAACACAAACAUUGCUUAUUCCCAACUCGAGUUAUUUGGGGGUAAGAAGGUUUCUUUGACAUGUCAUGAUGUUGGGAUGACGAUGGGCAUUCCACAUAGUGGAAGAAAGUUAAUUGUUGAGAAGGGAAGUGUUAAAGCUAGUCAAAUGCCGAGUUUGCAAGAUAUAGAGUCAAUGAUGGUUGGCAUCGAUGAUAUGGAGGAAUUUAAGCGGGUCUUCUUGAUUUUCGCUUGUGCAACCUUAUUGGCACCCACUUCUCGUUUGGAAGGUAGUCACUCGUUAUGGUAUACACCCCGAGAGCAGUUACUUGGGAACAUAAAUUGGGGAGAAUAUGUCUUAGAAUUUUUUAUUCAAGCUAUACAUGAACAUAGGAGGAAGGAAAGUGUUUGGAUUAAAGGGUGUUUGAUGUUUCUACAGAUAUUCUACUUUUCAAUAUCUAAUUUUCCAGCCAUGUAUGUGGAACUUACCACUCCUCGCAUUGCUGCAUGGAAUGAUUUUUUGGUCAAGCAACGCAUCAAGUUGGAGUUAGAAAUGCUUGGAGGAUUUGGCAAAGUUGAGUUGGUUAGCACAUCGGCGGAGCAAGAUGAAACAGAAAAAAAUAAGGCUCCUACAGUUGAUGACCCAGUUGACCCAGAUGAGAAUGAAGACUUUGAUGUUAUUUGUGCUCGCAUGGAGGCAACACAACGUCAAAUCACCGAUGCACAAAGUCAUCUUAAUAGUCUUAUUGCAUCAUACAACCGUGACGUGAAAGUGUUGAGGACUCGUUUCACCUCUUCACAUUAUCGCACAGAUGAAGGCCAACCGUUAAAUUUUCAUGAACAUGUUAAUGAAAGUGGUGCACCAUUUUAUACAAAUAAUCCACAACAUUCACCUGGGUGUUAG